AUGGCCACCUCGAUACCCACAUACCAGACGUUAACUACAGUGCAAGAGUUUCGGAAAGCGGUAAAUAACCAUUUUUCUAAGCAAAUCAAUGAAGGUCAAGAGUAUGAUUAUGGUAAAACAUUCGAUGAGCAGAAAGCAUUUCGUAUUUUUCAUGAAACAAUGACAUGGCGAAAACAAAACAAAGUUUACGAUAUGUCGACUGAUCUAUUCCCAGCGAACUACUUCGAUCGACAUGCUAUUUAUUUUCAGAAUCAUGAUAUGAAUAACAUACCAUUAUUACAUUAUGUUAUUCGCGUCUUCCACAAAGGACAAGAAGAUAACGAAGCAGUGAAACGUUUCAUAACGUAUAACUUCGAAGAACAAAUACGAAAUCACCCUGGUCAACGUAUUGUUAUUCUAUUCGAUUUACGAGAAACAGGUCUUAGCCAUCUAGAUUACGAUCUCAUUAAGUUUGUUGUAAAUAGUUUAAUGCACUACUAUCCUGGCUUACUCGCAUAUAUGCUUGUUUAUAAACAACCGUUUAUACUACAAGCGGCAUGGAAACUGAUCAAAACAUGGUUACCAACUGAAACACAGAAUUCAGUUAAAUUUGUCGAUGAAAAAACGAUAAGUCAAUAUAUAUCACUCGAUCAAUUAUCGAAAGACAUGGGUGGUACUGCAAAUGAUACACCUUAG